UUUACGCUGGAAGAUCGCCAAAGGUCAAAGAUCGCAGAAGGUCGUGGCAGCGAAGCGGCAUGGGCAUCGGGUUCGGCAUCGAGUGCGUCGUCUUGGCCAUUGGGACGUACGCCCUUCUGCAUCACUACAAGGAUGCGCAAGUCGGAGCGAUUGUGUCGGGCACCGUCUUCUUUAGCUGGUACGUGGGCUUUCUUGGCCUUGUGCUGCUGCCAUUGGACUUGACGACGACGGCGAGCGGCCAGGACAAGGCGUAUCCGCUUUUGCUUACUGCGUGGCAGCUCGUAUAUUGGUUUACGUUUGUACUCAGCUGGGUCGUGCUGCCCAUUCUGAUCGAGUUUAGCCAAAGCGGCGCGUUCAGCACGGAGCAGCGCUUGCGGCUCUCGAUCAAGUACCUGCUGCGGCACUACGCAGUGCUGCUCACACUCGGGUUUGUCCUCUUCUUGUACCUUGUCGUGGUCGACCAUUUCACGAUUGGCGGUGUCCUUGGCCUCGUCAUGACGCUCGGCAACACGUACGGUCUCCUCUGGAUCAUCUGCCUCCUCGGGUACGGCCUCAUCAACAUCCCGCGCAAAGUCUACGCGUACAGCGACCCGUCGCUGCGCUUGCGCCAGCUCUACUUUCGAGCGAUCCACGUCCACGACGAGCGUGUCGAAGCGCAGUUUGUCUAUGACGACGUCGUGCGCGAGGUGCGCCAGCUUGCGGCGCGCUUCCGGACGAUCGAAGCCGCCACGAUCAUCGUAUCGCCCGACUUUCAGUACAUCAAGCAGUGCAUCGACCACCUUAUGGGGACCAUCGGACUCGACACCGACGUCGAAGCGGCCAAGCCACUCAAGCGACAGACUCGGUCCAGCUACCGGUCGCUGCCCGGGCCUGCCCUGGACGACACGCUACCGACCGAGAAGGAAAUCAUCCAUUUAAAUGGGCGCGCCAAGCGUGUCCAAGCCGACCUUCGGCGCUGCGACCAGACGUGGAUCGAUCUGUGCUACGACGGCCAGCAGCUCCAGCUCGCAGCCCGGUCGCCCUCGCCUCUCGUGCCACUGUUGGCCAAAACGCUCACGUGCAUCUGUGUCCUCGGGUCUGCUGUCAUCAUGUGGAGCGAAGUCGUCAUGGGCGGCGCCGAGUGGCUCUCGCCGCUCCGGCUGCUACUGGCGUCGGCCGCCUCGACGCACAUUCUGGUCAUUGGCCUCCUGCUCUACAUGGGUCUCUGCACGUACCAGAGUCUCUUUUCGAUGCGUGGGUUUGGGCGACUCGCGCUGCACGGCAACCACAACUCGACCGAGCUAAGUCUCCUCACGACAUCGGUGCACCAGAGCCGGCUUCAGUUUUCGCUCGGGUACAACUUUCUGCUGCUACUGAAUGCGUCGACGCUCACGUCGCGCACGGCGUUCCAUGCGCUCUUCACCGACAUGCGGCUCAUCCACUUUUUCGGUACCGACUUUAGUAUGUAUGCGCCGACGCUCCUUCUCGUCCUCGCGGUUUGUACGCUGCUGAACGGGUACGCGCGCCUCGUCCGGUACCUCGGCUUGGACCAGUACGAAGAGCUGCUGCAUGGACACGUCGAGCACGAGGCCAAAGUCCACCAAGGCGAGGCGCUUGUCCAGCGCGGGAUUGAAAAAUAUGCGCGGCAGUGGGCAACCAAGGCGGCGGCGACGGGCUCGGAGCUCGCGGCGCCGCUUCUCGCUGCCAACGAGUGAGCGUUAUUUCUCUAUACACAAGCUUUUUUACGUGUUGCAGCAUGCUCGAUCCGGAGCUCUUCGGAGCCGCCUCACUACAUGUCUAUGAGACCACGCGACCGACGAUGGCUGGACGAGUUGUCCAAAUUUGCUUACGAGUCCAUAGUGUCCUCGAGGGCGUGAAGCUGUGACCGCUUCGGCACCAAGAACAAUCAAAACGUACUGGACAGAGAGAGGCCGUACUCCAUAAACACCGAGUAGUGUACUACUGCAAAGCAAGAAUGACAGUGGCAGCUAGGUACGUCUACUGACUGCUGCCAAAGGCUGUGCAGUCUCCCAUCACCGAGCUUCUCCCGUGGGACUCAACAUGCAAACCCACCUCGCCUUGUCCCGACCUAGAUGGCUAGGUUCGUACUCUGUGCCCCAUCACUAAGCUUAGCCGUGAAUGAUGAUAAUGGCGAACCACAUUGCCC